AUGGCCAAGAAUAACGUAGCAAUCAAGAAGGCUCAAGCAGCCAAGGCAUCCAACGCCGACUCUGCGUCCUCACCAACCACCACAGCCACGAUAUCAACCUCAACAAAGAAACCCCUCUCCAAUACAAUCUCCCAACUAUACCUGGCAUUAGACACAACCAUCAAGGACUAUUUCGCUUCGCUCACACCGAAAUUGAAACUUAUAGACAUCUUCCUCGCGUUCUUAGUCCUGUUGGGAGUCUUGCAAUUUGGCUAUGUGCUUUUAAUUGGGAAUUUCCCCUUUAAUGCCUUUCUUGGUGGGUUCGCGAUAUGCGUUGGCCAAUUUGUGCUCUUGGUGAGUUUGAGGUUGCAGAUCAAUGAUGGCGAAAGAGAAACGAAGCCGCUGCAUGCUAAACCAGCGGUCAAAGCCGCCAAAGUUGGCGAAGAGAAAAUCAAAGAUGUUGAUGACGCGAAAGAAGUUGAGGAAAUUGCGGUGGAAGAUGUAAUUGGUGAUGAAGAAACGAGUUUUUUCAAAAGUAUCACGCCAGAGAGAUCAUUUGCAGAUUUCAUUUUCGCUAGUUUGAUCUUACAUUUCAUCGUGAUCCACUUUAUAAAUUAG